UUUAUGGACUCAUCAUUCAAUUCAUGCGUUUAAAAAAUAUUUGAUUCUUAACAUAAAAAUGAACAAAUAUAAUUUGAAAAAACAUGAAAAAGAUUUUAGAAAUUAUUUCAUAAUUAAAUAGUUAACAAAUUACAUCCUGAUAUCUAUUCCUCAAGUAUUUUGAUAAUAAUUUGUCCUCAUAAACUCAAUUUAAACAAUGUCUACUGUGAUCAACAAUUUGGUGACUUUUAAAGAUUCAAGAUGGCUCACUUUAGAGGUGUGCAGGGAAUUUCAAAGGAAUAAAUGCACAAGACCAGAUACAGAAUGUAAAUAUGCUCAUCCCUUACCCCAUGUUGAAGUUCAAAAUGGAAGGGUUACUGCUUGUUUUGAUUCCAUCAAAGGAAGAUGUAACAGAGAGAAGCCACCUUGCAAAUACCUGCAUCCGCCCCAGCAUUUAAAAGAACAAUUGCUCGUGAAUGGGAGGAACAAUUUAGCCCUCAAAAACGCGGCUUUAAUGGGCCAAUUAGCUACUUUCUCGCCUUUCCUUCCCGGCCAUCCCCUGGCAUCUCAAAUGACGUCCAACGUAGCCUCCCCUCUCCCUCCUCCCUUGGGCCCGCCCCUCAUUUGCGGGUCCCCACCACCGGGCUCAGGUCCAACCCACCAUUUAAACACCCUGAAUCAAUUUUUGACGCCAUUACCUGGCCCCGGUGAUUAUAUCCUAACACCCGACGGCACUCCCAUAGCAUACAUCAACUACGCUCACUUACAACCGCCCCCACAUUACAAUCACAUUGCCAGGCGGAUAUCACUGGGCGGCGCUACCCACCAACAUCCACCUCAGCCAAUUUUGAUUCAGCACCACCACCCCCAAGCCCAACUUCAAUCGCCAGCCCUCACCGCUCAUCACACCACCUGCUUUACCACUGGUAACGGGCUAGUAGCAUAUCAAAAUUGCCUUUCAAUCAAUGACACCAAUGGAAACGUUAAUAAUGGCAUGAGUUUGAGUAAUAACCCACUUAAUGGUAUGAUUAUAGCCCACCAUGCCCCGUUACAACAACAGCUCAACAGGUUGGACCGUGUGGAGAUAUGUAGAGAAUAUAUGCGAGGCAAUUGCAAAAGAGCUCAAACCGAUUGCAAAUUCGCUCAUCCUUCCGAACACCUGCCCUUGGAGAACGCGACCAAUACCGUAUGUAUGGACGCCCUGAAAGGUAAAUGCUCUAGAGGCGACACCUGCAAAUAUUUUCACCCCGGUCCUCCUUUCCACUCUUCCACGAAUUCCAUGCAUAGCGCCAUUCCUUCCUUCCCUUCUUCCGUUAGAUCUUCCCUUCACUCAUCUUCCUGCAAUUCCAAUUCACCUUCCCCCCUCUUGAACAACAACAACAAUAAUAGAGAUUGUUUGGAGGGUAAUGUCGAGGGGAAGGAGAGUGAAAUUCCGGAAGACGCGGACAGACCCGCAGCCGAAAAAAAUAACCCAACGCAGGGUGACGCGGGGCAAGCUAAUUCGGCAAACGUUAACCAUCUCGAUAACGUUGACGAUGAAGUUUAUAGGGUUGAUGAGGCUAAGUUAGGCAGCGGAAGUAAUGAAAAUAAAGAACCUGACCAGGCGAAGAAGAGUGAAGGAAUCGCGAAAGAGGCCAUCAACGGCUGCGAUACAACGCUCGACAAAAGUAGCUUCGACCUUACUAAUCCCACUUCUAUCUCCAAAAUAGUCGAUACCCGCUCUUCCACCGAAAAGACUAUUUUUACGGACCCGAAUACUGAGGAUGGUUGUAAUAAUUACGUCGAAUGCGACAAAAACUUAUUUUUAAAUGGUAUACUACCCCACGAAUCGCAAAAUGGCGAAAUUUGUCCAAUAUCUUCCACCGUUCUCGUCGACGCUACUAGUACGUUACAUCACAACAAUGCCACUGGAAAAUCUAGGCUUUCACUUAACUCCGCUACUACCUUCGUCCCCCCAUGUGCUUCACUCGCUAAAUCUUCCGCCAUUCUGCCUCGCGUUGUUAAAAAGCGUGGCCGUCAGGAAGCUAACAUUCUUUACGAGACUCGCGAACCUUUUAUUUCCCUCCAACCAUUCCAACCCCCUUCCCCUAAUAAACGGAUGAACAGCAAUAAGCUCUUGCAUGCGCCCGCCACCAGCUUUGCCGAUUUAAAUCCCGCUUCUUAUUAUAUUUGUCCCUUAAAUCAACGACCGUCUCAUAUUCCGCCUAGCUUGAUGAUAAAUAAUAGUAUGUCUAGCAUGAGUGGGGAGAAUGGUAAUGGCUUCCCCUGCUACUAUUACUGUGAUGCUAGCGGUGUUUUGACGCCCGUUAACGCUAAGCCAGAAAUUUAUUUGGGAAGGCCUGCCGCCGCUAAUUUAAUCGCAUCCGCUUCCAAUUAUUUGGCUUUUCAACCGGCUCAACCCAAAAGGCCGACGCUCCCUACCUUACAGCACUACCAAUCGCCUAUCCCAGUUAGCCCACCCGCCCAAAUAUUUUACGCCAGUCCGGCCCAGCUCUCUACAAACUCACAACACGGGCAAAUUGACCCCUGUCAUAAUCACAUUCAAGCCCAUACGAAUCAAAGUCAUCAUUUGCAUCACCAAUUCGCCACCCAGUACAUUCACCACCCUGGUGCCAUUCAAUUUCAGCCCCAUUUUAUUCCGGUGGCAUUUGCUGGGCCAGGGGGCGUUAACGGUCUUCCGCCUUUCUGAGCACAAACAAAUGCACGUUGAUAUCCAAGAUCUUACUACCAAAAUUUAUCUAGCGUGUGUGUGUGGAUUUUUUAAAAAAAAUUUAAAAACCUAUAAUCAAAAUGCGCACACAUGACCUAAUCAACCAACCUCCAAUCAAAAUAAAUUAUAUUUAUAACGUAUUCUAAUUGGAUGAACGUCAUUUACUAUUUUAUUUUUUAAAAAAAAUGGUAAUGAUUUUCCUUGAAAAAAAUAUCAAAAUUAUCCGCUAUCAAAAAAACGCUUUCUUCGCGAAGCGACAUUUCGGAGAAAAAAAAAUCACUAGUCAUUUCUUCGCCUCUCCCUUUUUUUUUCCUCCUAAAUUCGUAUUUUAAAAAUCAAACGUAUUUUUUGUAUACCCCCAUAUUUGUUAUUUAUUUUUUCAACCGGUUUUGAUUUUAGAAAGAUUAUAUCUAUUUCGCGGCUACUAAUCUCUGAUAUUUUCUUAGUGGUUCCUUUUUAGAAUAUUUGAAAAAUAGAAUCUUUUUUUGUAAUAAAUAUUUUUAUUUUUUUUUAACACCUUAUUUUCAUUUUUUUUUUGAAAUAUAUGAUUCGAUAAUUUAUCAAGUCCUUUAAAGAUUUUUCUCUAAAUUUAUCACUCCCCCAAAAAAAAAAUUUUUUUUAAAAAAUGAUUUAAAUGAAAAGGCAAAAAGAUUUGAAAAAUUUGUCUAAAAAGAAAAAAAAAUAAAAUCAAAUAAUUCAUAUAAUGCAUUAUCACCCGGCGAAUCUUAUAAUAUUAUAUAUAUAUUUAAUUUUAAUAAAAUAAUCAUUUUUAAACAAAAAUAACAUAAAGCAAUUUUUAUUUUAUUUUUUUAUAAAUGGUGUGUCAAAAUAGUUAUUUUUUUGUAUUUGAAGUGAAAUAUUUAUUUAAUUAUGAUUGAAUUUUUUAUAAAAUCGAUAAAUAAUUUUAAUUUUACCUUUAAUCACUUCCUUCCACUUUCCCCCCUUUUCCCUCUUUCUUUCUCUCGAUUAAAUUCCCUAGUGGAUAUUUUUGUACAAACUUAUUUUUGCAAUCAGAUCCAUUUUAUUAAAUUAAAACAAAGAAAAAAAUUUUUUAUGUAGGUUUUUUUGGUUCAAAAUUAGGUUUAAAAAAAUGUUUAAAUUCUUCCAACAAAAAAAUAACACAUAUUUUUUUAAAAAAAGUCAAUACAAUAAUUUAUAUUUAAAAUGAAGAGAAGCAUUUCAUAAUUUAUUUAUUAAAAACAAUAUUUAAGUUGUAUUCCUUAGAUAAAAAAAUUCUAUCCGGUGUUAUUAUAGUAUAUUUGUUUUAUCAACAUUAUUAUAUUAAUAUUUUCUUUAUAACAACAACAACACUAUUAAAAGGCCAUAUACCAUCCCCUUCCCCCAUUUUGGUUUUAACCUGUAUAUAUAUAUAUUAAUUAUUUUAUUUAUUCUUCCUAAUCAAUUACUUUUUUUUUGAAUCGUGGCAUUACAAAAAAAUUAUAUAUAUAUAAAAUUUACAUUAUAACUAUUAUAAAUGUUAACUAUUUUAUAUAUACAUAUUUUAAGAAAAUAUUUAUUGAAUUAUAUUUGUAAAAUUUACGAUUAUUAUAAAAUAUAUAUAUAUAUACAUACUAUAUUUAAAAAAAAAAUGAUAAUAAUUUUGUCAACGUAUUUUAGGAAUUUUAUUCAUAAACCGACCCCCCUGUUGCCCAUUUGAUAUUAUUAUUA